AUGGCUUCCGCCUUCGGGCGCUUCGCGCGGGGCUUUCGAGGCUAUGGCCUUCUGGCGGCGGGCAGCGCGUCCGCCUCCGCCGCGCGCGCUCGGGGUGAUGAGCGGCUCACUCGAUGCGAGGCCAACGCAUCAGCCGCGCAGCAUCUCAGCCAAUUUCACGACCACAGCCUGGAGAGCCCGCCGCACAAAGCAGGUGCGGCGCACCAGCACACGGAGCUCCCUUGCGGCGGCAAGCUGGUCUUGUCCGCGGACUGCGGCGGCACCACCAGCAGGUUGAUGCUGUACUGCGUGGACUGGAACGACCCGGUGGAGAAGAAGAAGCCAGCGCCCGGGCAGCUGAUCCAAGAGCAGAAGUAUCCCAACAUCGCCUUCAAGUCCCUGCAGGACAUCAUCAAGACCUUCCUCUUCCAAGACUGCGCUCUCCCCGAGGGCUCGCACCCCACGGCGCCCCGGGCUAUGGUUAUCCCUUCGAGGUCGCUGUCUUGGCCGUGGCAGGGGUGGUUAUCAACAAUCAGCCGCGACCUCAAUGGGAUCGACGGGAGCGGCAUGAAGCCGAGCCGCCACAGGACAGAGGCGACCGAACGGCUGGCCGGGCAUCCGCCGCGGACCAAGACCUUCAACAUCGGCGGGGAGUUCUUCUACUUUGAUGGAACUCCUCAUCGCUGGCUGCCAUGGGCUCCGCCGAGAUACAAGGUCUUCGAGCUCUACUUCUUCAAGGAGCUCUACGAGAAUUUGUCGCGCAAGGCGAUGAGUGUGGAUGUGCCCCUCGUGGCCUUGCGCAACAUGUCCUGCAAGCUGAUGGAUGGCUUUCAAUUACCCGGUGCGCUGGAUGUGAACUUCUUCGGAGAUUUGCAAAAGAAGUUCUGCACCUGGAGCGACGUGCAGGAUGCGCUCAUCAAGGAUGGCCACCCCACCAUCACCUUGAGCAACGCCGAGCGGGUCUAUCUCACUCUCUGUGAUGAGGACAGCUGCCGGCUGGCCACGGGGUGGUUUUAUUUCGUGAUGCUCGUGACAUUGGCCAACCUGGCGGCCAUUGUAUUUCCCGACUGCGCUGAGCGCACCUGCGAUGUGGUGGGGCUGGACAAUGCCAAGGAUUCUUGCACCAGCGCGUUCAAGACCUUCUGCAUUAUGAUAUUUAGUCUGGACUACUUCACCAAGCUCUUUCUGGCACCAUGUGUGCGCAUGGAGGUGAUGCACACCGCGCAGAAAAUCUUCUCUGGAGACGAGUGGACCGUCCAACCGCUGUCGCCCUGGCAGCGCCUCACGUUUUUCGUGAACCAAGGCGACAACCGCAUCGACCUGAUCGCGAUCCUGCCAUUUUGGCUGAACGUCCUGUGCGGGCGUUUCCUGCCCACCGCCUCCUUCUUGCGCGUGGUGCGGCUGACACGGCUUUUUCGGAUCUUCAAGUCCGCGCGAUAUUUCGACAUGGUCCACGUAUUGGGCCUCACGCUCUGGAAGAGCAUGAGCAUGGUCGGCAUCUUGUUCGUGCUCAUCACAAUCAUCGGGCUGAUCGCGGGGUGCCUCCUACAGGAGUUCGAAUCGCCGCUGGGGGAGGACGCCUUUCAAAGCGUCCUGCAGGCGUGGUACUGGAUCUUCUGCAGGCUGAUCUCCAUGAAGGACACAGUGCACCACGCAGGGGAGGUGAGGUCAUUUUGGGGUAUCACGGUGCUGGCGACCACUCUGACCCUGAAAGGGGUGCUCUGGAUCGUCCCGAUCGCCCGGAUCAAGCAGAUCUUCUCCGCGGAGUAUACCCUGGUGGUGAACGACCGAGAGCUCCGCAAGCAGAUGGUGGACGAGCUGCUGCACCUCACCGGGUCCGUGGCCCAGGUAUCCAGCUCUGGGGUGGUCUGCGCCUUUCUGCGCGUGGAGGCUGGCCUGGGUCCUUUGCAGGGGAGGGUGCCCAUUCCCAUCCAGAAGGAAAAGGAGGUGGAGAGCGCGCUUCAGGUGCAGCUCUGGGACGAGAAGGGCCCAGCCGGCAAGGUGCAAGUCCACGUCGCCUGGGCCCCGUCCAAAGCGAUGAUGGAGUCAGAGGAGAUGGAGGCUUUGCCACAGGGGCGCCUGGAAUUGCAGAUCUCUGGCAUGGACGGUAUGGCCUACUGGACGGUGCCCACAGACACCUUUGGCAACCAGGAGCAGGCUGUGCGCUUUGACGGCAAGCAGGUCGCAACCAACGUCUUCCAGGUGAACUGGACCAGCCAGGGCGGCAGCGCGGGCCGAGAUCACAAAGCCCAGUUCCACCCCAUGGACGACACAGACUUCCAGGUGGUCGUUCUGAAGCUGCUACAGGAGCAAGGCCAGCUGGUCCGUUUUCAGCAGAAGAAGUUGGAGGACCUCGGCAAGCGCCUGGCGGCGCUGGAGGCCCGAGGUUGA